AUGCUCGCGGUGCACCUUGUGGCCUUUUAUUUCACAAAGCUAAAAGAAGAUCAGAUCAAAAAGGUUGAUCGGUACCUAUACCAAAUGCGCCUUUCUGAUGAUAUUUUACACGAUGUGAUGACUCGUUUCCAAGCAGAGAUGGUGAAAGGUCUAGGAAGAGAUACCAAUCCAACAGCUGCAGUAAAAAUGCUACCAACUUUUGUGAGGUCACUUCCUGAUGGCUCAGAAAAGGGAGAAUUCCUAGCUUUGGACUUGGGUGGUUCCAAAUUUAAAGUCCUGCACGUUAAAGUAGCCGAAGAAGGAAAACAACAUGUACAAAUGGAUAGUCAGUUCUACCCAACACCUAAAGAAAUCAUACAAGGAAGUGGAACAGAUCUGUUUCAAUAUGUGGCCGACUGUCUUGCAGACUUUAUGGAGACAAAGGACAUAAAAUAUAAGAAACUACCUCUUGGUUUUACCUUUUCUUUUCCCUGUAGGCAGAAAAAAUUGGAGGAGGGGGUCCUUCUUUCAUGGACAAAACAUUUUAAACUUCGAGGGGUACAACAGACGGAUGUGGUGAACAAUCUGUGCAAAGCCCUCAGAAAGCACAAGGAUGUUGAUAUAGAAGUUUUGGCAUUGGUCAAUGACACUGUGGGAACAAUGAUGACUUGUGGAUAUGAUGACCAGCGAUGCGAAGUUGGUGUCAUUAUUGGAACAGGCACCAACGCUUGCUACAUGGAGGAGAUGAGCAAUAUUGAUCUAGUAGAAGGGGAUGAAGGCCGGAUGUGCAUUAACACUGAAUGGGGAGCCUUUGGAGACGAUGCAUCUCUGGAAGACAUUAGGACAGAGUUUGACAAGGAGAUUGACUCGGGGUCUAUAAAUCCUGGAAAACAAUUGUUUGAGAAGAUGAUUAGUGGAUUAUAUCUGGGAGAACUGGUCAGGUUUAUCCUUUUAAAAAUGGCAAGAAAAGGCUUGCUUUUCAAUGGGAAGUUAUCCACAGCGCUUUGUACUAAGGGGAAGAUUGAGACGAGACACGUGGCCGCUAUGGAAAAGAAUAAAGAAGGCCUAAGAAACACAAAAGAAAUUCUAAAGGAACUGGGCCUGGAUCCCUCCGAAGAAGAUUGCAUUGCUGUCCAGCAUGUUUGCACAAUUGUUUCGUUUCGCUCGGCCAACCUCUGCGCCACGGCCUUGGCAGCAAUCCUGACGCGGCUCCGUGAAAAUAAGAAACUGUUGAGGCUCCGAACCACGGUUGGCAUUGAUGGGACCCUGUACAAGACCCAUCCACACUUUUCUAGGAUUCUGCAAGAAACUGUGAAGGAGCUGGCACCACAAUGUGAUGUAACUUUCAUGCUGUCUGAAGAUGGAAGUGGAAAAGGAGCAGCCUUAAUUACAGCCGUGGCCAAACGUAUGCACCAAGUUGCUGAAAAUUAAAUUGAUCUCACAGACCUGAGUGGGCAAGAAGGAUCGACUGCAAAAGUUCCUACACACACAGUUGUGGCACCGAUCAAUCCAAAAGGGUCCAUUUUUGCAGUUGAUGGCCAGAAAGAACACGGGAU